AUGCAAGUCAAUGACAACCACAGGGAUACAAAGAUGAAGACUAAUCAAAUAGCUUUCGCAUCAAGGGACUUGUUCUUGCUGGAGAACCAACUGCCCUUUCUGGUUCUUGAGGCAUUAAUGAGCUUCAGACACAGAGAAAAGUAUUGGCAAGAUCUCAUCCACAAAUUUGUAAAGAUGCCACUUAAUCUCGAAAGCAAUACAUCUCCAGAGAAUGAAGAUUAUAAGCCUGCUCACCUCCUUGACCUACUGCACAAGAAACUCAUUGGUCAUGAUAAUGAUCAACACAGAAAAUCUGAACCUUCAAAGAAGAGCAAUGAUGGUAAGCACACAUUUCGUUCAGUCUUUGAGCUUAAAAAAUCAGGGAUUGAGUGCAAGAGGAGCGAGGGUGGGAGCUUAAGAAAUGUUUAUUUCAUAAAUGACUGUAUCGGUGGAGAUCUGGUCCUUCCUCAUAUUGUCAUUGAUGAUCUAACAAAGUCAAUACUAUUGAACUUGGUAGCUUAUGAAGCAAGCCCUGAUGGUCCCAGUGACUAUGUGGUCACCUCAUACAUUGUUUUACUGGAUGCACUUAUUGAUAGUCCUGAAGACAUGAAGGAGCUGAGAUCUAAGGAAUAUCUUGAAGUUAAGAGAAAGAUUGAGAAGUACAACAAGAACAAGAUUUCUAUAUGGAUGACUGACUUUCGUCAGACACAUUUCAGUAGCCCCUGGACUGUUGUUGCCUUCUUUGUUGCACUUACUAUUAUCAUUCUCACCUGUGUGCAGACCUACUAUGCCAUCAAAGGAGACAGAGGCGAAGGAGAACGGAAAGCUCCAACUCCCUCAAGGAAAAUUCACUCCUUUGGCUAG